AUGAUUCCUCGCUGGGUGUCGGAGGAGACUCCCCCGGAAGCUGGUGGGGGCGCGCCGGAGGAGGAUGACGAUGAAGACGACGUCCCAUUGGUGAGGCGGUCCGCUGCGGAGCGGGCAAGCUGGCGGGAGGCCAGCCCGCCGCCCCAAGCACCUCAGCUGGAUGUGGGGACCUGGGUCUCUGCCGGCGGCGGGGCAGCUAGAGCAGCCAUCAGCUGUCCCUACUACUCCGGCGGCUCCGCCGGUUCCCCCGCACAAAGUGGACCCCCGGCGAGGAGCAUCUUGGCGGACAGGGUGCUCAAGCUCAACCCGCCGGGAUCAAUGGUAGCUGGCGGGAGCACCUCGGCAAUUGGUGGGGAUGCGGCUGAUGGAGCCGCACACGAGGCCAGUGACGGGACGCGGCAAGUCGCCGGGGAUGCUCCAACGGCACCCAUGCCCACCGAGGUGCGGGUGACCGACCUCUUCGGCGAGGACGAUGACCAUGCUCUGAAGGAGGUUUCCUCUGCCGGAGCCCUUCAACAAACCGCCCCGGAGCUUGCCAGGGACGCAACGGCCAUUGCAAGUGACGCCGUGCAAACGGCGUUGCCCGUGGCGGGUAACGCGGGCCAGCCUCUGCCUGCCGAAGCAGGCAUCGCCGCAUUGGAGAAGCCCCCGAGCCCCCGGCCUACCCCCUCGGGCGGACAGGGAGCUGCCGGGCUUGGACAAGUCGGAGGCGCGUCGCCAAGCCCUGACGCGGCCUCGGGGUCGCAGACGGUCGCAGCGUGGUCCUCCUCCUCCGCCGGAGCCUCCUUCAGCCUGGGAGCAGGGGAGCUCGCCGGGCGAUCAUGGGGCCGAAUCACCUUCGACCCCAACGUGUUCCUACAAGGGCACCAGGUGAUCGACAACAUCGAGUGGCAGCAGUGGAUGUUCGUCGACUUCUUCAACGAUGCGCAACAGCACCAUGCUCGCGUGGUGGCGGAGCUGGGGACAGCACGCCGGGAGGCGGAGGAGCAGCGCGCAGAGUAUUGGAGCUAUGCCCUAGAGGCAAUCAUGUGA